CAAAUAUGGGCUUAACCAAAGUCCAUUAUCACCCAAACUCGUAUAUACCACAACAUCACGUUAAGCCUCAGUGAAGUCUCAGUGUCGGCUAAUCAGAGGAUCAGUCUCAGUGUUGAUUUCAGGUGAUAAAUCUCUUUGCUUUGACAAUGGCAGAGGAAAUUAGAUUCUUUGAACUCAACACCGGAGCGAAGAUACCAUCCGUCGGUCUAGGAACGUGGCAGGCCGAUCCUGGUCUCGUCGGAAACGCUGUCGACGCUGCUGUGAAGAUUGGUUAUCGUCACAUUGAUUGUGCUCAAAUCUAUGGCAAUGAAAAAGAGAUUGGGUUAGUCCUGAAGAAAUUGUUUGAUGGUGGAGUUGUUAAGCGUGAGGAAAUGUUCAUCACAUCCAAACUAUGGUGUACUUAUCAUGAUCCUCAAGAAGUGCCUGAGGCACUUAAUAGAACUCUACAGGAUCUGCAGCUUGACUACGUCGAUCUGUAUCUCAUUCACUGGCCUGUUAGCCUCAAGAAAGGAUCUACUGGCUUUAAACCAGAGAACAUUUUGCCAACUGAUAUUCCUAGCACAUGGAAAGCAAUGGAAUCACUCUUUGAUUCAGGCAAGGCCCGUGCUAUUGGUGUAAGUAAUUUCUCCUCAAAGAAACUCGCAGAUCUCUUGGUGGUGGCUCGUGUUCCUCCCGCUGUUAACCAGGUGGAGUGUCACCCUUCAUGGCAACAAAACGUGCUCAGGGAUUUCUGCAAAUCUAAAGGCGUUCAUCUCUCAGGGUACUCUCCUUUGGGUUCUCCAGGAACAACGUGGCUAACGAGCGAUGUUUUGAAGAACCCUAUUCUUGGUGGUGUUGCUGAGAAGCUCGGCAAGACUCCUGCACAGGUUGCAUUACGCUGGGGUCUCCAAAUGGGUCAAAGUGUUCUUCCAAAAAGCACCCAUGAAGACAGGAUCAAACAGAAUUUCGAUGUUUUCAACUGGUCCAUACCCGAAGACAUGUUAUCCAAGUUUUCUGAGAUUGGACAGGGUAGGUUGGUGCGAGGCAUGUCAUUUGUUCAUGAGACGAGUCCAUAUAAGAGUCUUGAAGAACUCUGGGACGGUGAGAUAUGAGACUCAGCUGAUUUGAUUGUCAUAGAUUUGUCAUUAGUAAUGCACGUUGUUUCAUUACAAAGGUACAACAUUUUACUUAUAAACUCCCUCCAGCAGUUCCACGUGAAAAGACAUUAAUGUUCUAAUUAUACUGAAUUGAUGAUCCAUUAUUACGAAGUUAGUAUGGUAAGUUUCGUAUAAUUAAAGAUGGUAA